UUGCUGGAAAUCAUCAGGAAGGAGGACGUGGAGCUCAGAGCAGUGCUCACCACCCACCACCACUGGGACCACGCAAGGGGCAACGAAGAGCUGGCGAGGCUCUGCCCUGGCCUGCGGGUGUACGGCGCUGACGAGCGGAUCGGGGCCCUGACGCACAAGGUGACCCACAACCAGGAGCUGACGUUCGGGGCCAUCCGGGUGAGGUGCCUCUUCACCCCCUGCCACACCUCGGGCCACAUGUGCUACUUCAUGUGGGAGGACGGCUCUCCAGACGCUCCGGCUCUCUUCUCAGGUGACACCCUGUUCGUGGGAGGCUGCGGGAAGUUCUUCGAGGGUACAGCAGAGCAGAUGUACACCAACCUCACCCAAAUCCUGGGGGCUUUGCCGAAGGAGACGAAAGUGUUCUGUGGUCACGAGUGCACUGUCCGAAAUCUCAAGUUUGCCCUGAAAGUGGAACCAGACAAUGAAACAGUGAAGAAGAAACUUGCGUGGGCCAAACAGCGGGAUGACGAGGACUUGCCCACAGUGCCCUCCACGCUGCAGGAGGAGUUCCUCUACAACCCCUUCCUGCGGGUCACGGAGGAGCCCUUGCAGAAGUUCACGGGCAAGACAGACCCAGUGGAGGUGCUAAGGACCCUCCGCACUGAGAAGGAUAACUUCAAGAAACCCAAGGAGCGGCCCAAUCCCCAGGCCAUGCUCGCAUUUGACUGGGGACUUUUCAGCCCCUUCUUUGAGAAGAAGUAA